CGCUACAAAUCAAAACAUGUUUGGUCCCGAAAAAUUGUAAACAUCACUGAUUUUUAGAAGAGCAAUACUAUCCACACUUUGUGAAGUUGAAAUGCAAAUAAGUUAGUGAGGCAAAUUCAAAAUUUACAGGGUACAAGGUUCCAUCUAAGAUGCAGUCCCUUGAUGUUUGUAAAAAGACAUCUGGUAAAGUUUGGCACAGAAAACCUACACCAUCAUCUGAUAAUGGCUUAAUGAUACAGAUUACUAACAGUCAGCCAAGUACAUUAUCACAUGCUGGUAAAAAUGUACGAUUUCUUCACACUGCAUUUGACAGUAAUGGUGACAGUUUUGUUGCAGGGGACCACCAGGGACAUAUAUUCAUGUUCGAUAUUACUAAAAACAGGUUUUCCCUGGUUCAAAAGCUAGGACAUCCAUGUACAGCAAUGGCAUUUGACCUGAGAAGGAAAUCUGAGUUUUUGGUUGGACUAUCAGAUUAUUCAUUGAAAUGUUAUGAUGUUGAUACAAAAGAGAUGGUGGCUUGGAUGAAAGGACAUGAAUCUGUGAUAGGGAAUAUAUCAGUACAUGCCUCAGGAAGAUAUGCAUUGACAACAUCUACUGAUGCUGCUCAGCUGUGGGACCUAGAUACUUUCCAGAGGAAAAGGAAACUUAAUAUCAAAGAAGAUGUUGGCAUUGUUCAGGUCUCUUUCUUGCCACUGAGUAACACUAUCAUCACUGCAUUUAAAGAUGACACAAUAUUUGCAUGGGAAUCAGAUACAUUAAAUUGUAAAUACCAGUUACCCAUACCUCCAGGGAAGAAACCUAGCUACAGAAGUUUUGCUGCUACAAAAGAUGGCCGUGUUUUAGCAGCAGGAGGUAGAUCUAGAUUCAUUCACCUGUGGGAUCUUGAUACACACAGAUUGCUACGUAUUGUUGAACUGCCAACUAAAGUCACAUCAGUUAAACAACUGAACUUUCUUCCUGACAAGUUUGAUGCAGGACAAAAUCAGACACUUGGUGUUUUAAGUCAGGAUGGAAUAGUGAGAUAUAUAAAUAUUAAUUCAUGUAAACUAUUAUUUGAUGUUGGCACCAUUGAUAACAAGGUCAACAACUUCUCUAUCAGCCCGUCAGGACGUCACAUGGUAUCUACAAUGGAAGAUGGUAGUCUACAUGUCUAUGAUCUACAUGUAGUCUCAGAUGAAAUAGGAAAGCCACCUGCACCUUUGGUCAAGGUUGUUAAAGACAACAAAAUGUCAGAUACAGUGGCAUCAGAUCAGUCUUUGAAAUCACAGAAACAAAAAGGAGCCAGGGCAAAAGGCAAAGAAAACAGGAGAAAUCAACCAGAUUUUCAAAUAGAAAAAGAACUUCCUGAACAACUAAAUAUGGAAAAAUUAAGAGCCAUUUUAAAAGGGUAUGGGGAAUACCCUACUAAAUAUAGAAUGUUUAUAUGGAGAUCUAUUUUAAGAUUACCAGAAAAUCACACAGCGUAUGCAGCAUUAGUUGACAAGGGAACACAUCCUGCAUAUGCUAAAAUACAUGAAGAAUAUCCAAUUAAAAGUCGAAGACUUCUACGCAUUUUACAAAGAAUCCUAUCAGCCAUGGCACAUUGGUCACCUAUAUUUGGAGAGACACAAUAUCUUCCAUGUUUAGCUUUUCCGUUCGUGAAGUUAUUCCAGAACAAUCAUUUAGUGUGUUUUGAAAUCUUGUCAUCCAUCAUGAUGAACUGGGCAGAUCAUUGGUUUGAAUAUUUCCCUAAUCCACCAAUCAAUAUCCUGGGAAUGAUAGAGAAUGUUUUAGCUUACCAUGAUAAAUAUUUACUGCAACAUUUUGUUAAAUACUCAGUCACAUCUCAGGUUUAUGCUUGGCCCUUACUGGAGACGUUAUUCUCAGAAGUUCUAACAAGAGAUGAAUGGUUGAUGUUAUUUGACAAUGUGUUCUCUAACCAUCCCUCCUUCCUUCUGAUGGUUGUUGUAGCCUAUGCCAUGUCAGCUAGGGGUCCUCUCAUGCAGUGUAUAGAAUUAGAUGAUUUUAAAUUUUUUUACCACCAUAGAAAUGCCGUAGAUAUAAAACAUGUGGUAAAGGAAGCCUAUAGAUUGAUGGAGUCUACACCUAAAGACAUUCAUCCAGAGAAAACAUUGGAAGAUUUCAAACCUCUUACUGUAGGACAAUAUCCUGUCUUCAAUAAAUACCCAAAAUUUAUUGUGGAUUAUCAGGUUCAAGAAAGAGAAAGAAUAAGACAUGAAGAAAUGGAAUACAUGAGACAAAAACAUUUAUCUUUGGAAAUGCAGAAAGAAACCCAGAAACGACAACAAGAAGAAGAAGCAUGGUAUAGACAACAACAGCUCCUCCUGGAGGCAGAGGAUAAAAGACGUAAACUUAUCCAAGACGAGGAAGUGAAACUUGUUGAUCAAAGAAAAAGAUUGUAUGCCAUGAACAGGGAAGUAAAAUUAAAAGAGCUACAAUUAUUAGAUGCAGCAAGAAGAAAGUUUUUACAUUUCCAGAAACAACAAAGAGAAUCUGAACUGAAGAGACUCGAUGAUGAAGUUCAAAGAAAGGCCUUACAAAGAGACCAAGAAACAGAAACAGCUAUGGAAGAGGCAGAAAUAAGAAACUUAGAAUUACAGUUACAAAAGAAAAUGUUUGAACAGGAUUUAUUUAGAGAAUUUGCUACAUCAUCACACCACCUCAGAACUGAACAAGACAUGCAUCGUAAACAGUCAGAGUUAGAGGAGAGGAUACAGGAAAAACUGAGGGAUGCUGAGAGAGAAAGACAAAUGGAAAUAAGAAAGUCCUUACAAGAUGGGUUAGCCAAAUCAUCACAACAGAAUAUUGAAGCUUGGGCUUCAAAUGAGUAUGAAUCUAGACGUAGGCUGCAAGAUCUAGAAAGAGAGACGAUGUCAUUACAACUUGCCAAGAGGAAUGCAGAAAAUAGGUCAUUAGAAAAAGAAGUGCAGGAUUUAAUGACAAAGGUUCAAGAUAGAAAGGAUACAGAGACAGAAGUUGCUCACAUGGAAUUGUAUGAACAGAAACAGGAUGCUGCUGAGAGUGGCCAGAGACGGUUAAGGUUAUUGGAAGAAGAAGGAUAUGUUGCUCAUGAGCAUGGGAAAUCUCUCACACAAGAUGCCUUAUAUAAUUUAAAUAACAAUAGUACUAGACUAGGAAAUACCACAUUAAACAGCACGAGACAGUCGGAUAUGUAUCAGACUUUACAGACUACAACUAAUUCUUCUGGAGUUUCUUUAGAAAGAAGUGGUCGUGCUUUUGAUGAGAAGGAAAUAGCUCUGUUAAAUGAAGUCAGGAAUUUAAGACAAAGACUUGCUUUAGAGAAUAGAUCAAAGAGGCCACCAGCUGUACCUUGUGAAUAACCAAAAACAUUUUGGUUAUGAAUUUAGUAUCCGUCCAAUGAACCAAUCUUUGUACAGCUAGAUUAUAUUCUUGCAUUUAUGAACAUUACUGCCAUGAUAUUUUAUAAUCAAUUGAUGCCAAAUUAGGGUUUGGAACAAAAUUUGACUAUUUACUUAACAGUAAAAUGACACAUAUUCUUGUUUGGUCUUUGAUGGGUAGCUGUCUUAUUGAAUAAACAAAUCACAGCUUCAUAUUUUCAUAGGAAGAUUUUCCUGAUUUAUGUAAGAUUGUAUAAGAAUGGCUAGAAUUCAACUGUAAGUUGCAGCUAGUAUAUCAUUGUAAAUUGUCAUUGUUUAUGUUAAAUUGUAUAAAGUAUCUAUUUAUUGUAAUAAAAAGAAAAACAAA